AUGGAUAUCGUUAUAAACGAAACACCUGCAAAGUUUUCAGAAAAGACAAUAAAUAAAGCACGCAAAGUUCUUAAAGAAAGGUUAUCAGGAUAUUCUAUACCAGAAGUAUUGGUAGGGUUAGAAGAACAAUAUGGAGAACUUUUUGAUCUUUUAAACCGGAAUGUAUCCUUGGGUGAAAGUAAUACGUGUAUACUUAUAGGUCCAACUGGUUGUGGAAAAACUGCGUUACUUAAAAAGGCUUUAAAAUCAUUAGAAGAAAUUCAUGAAGAUGAUUUCAUUUGUGUAUAUAUAAACGGAUUAUUUCAUACAUCUGAUAUAUUAGUACGUCAACAAAUUUCUCGCCAACUUGGGCAACAAAUUAAAGGCUUAAAAUCAGAUGGAGACGCGUUCGAUUUAUUAAAAUCAGGAACUACCGGCAAUAAAUCUAUUUUAUUAAUUAUCUAUAAUUUUGAUAUGUUCGCGAAAAAUUGUAGUCAACCCUUUGUAUAUAAUAUAUUUAAUAUUGCUACAAGUAAAAAUUGUCCUAUUUCAGUAAUCGGCAUCACACGAAAUGUGAAUGUUUUUAAUGAGCUUGCUCAAAAUAUUUUAUCAAGAAAUUCCCAUUGUCAUAUUGAUAUAGAUCGUCUUGAAAAUAUUGAUUUGUUUACUGAGGUGGCAAAAUUGGUAUUGAACUUAAAUGAAGAUGUAAUAGAAGACAGAGAAUAUUGCAAAUUAUUCAAUGAAAAAAUUGAGGAGAUGUUUAAUCAAGAAUCUUUUAAAACAAUAAUUUAUCAAAUAUUUAAUACUUCGACGGAUUUUAUACGAUUUGAUAAGUUAUCUAUUAAUUCGCCUUUCCUUUUGCUGGAUGACCUUAAACAAUCAGUUAUGGACCUUUCUGUGAACAUAGAACGCGUGUUAAUUGGGUUAACACAAACCCAAUUAUGGUUAUUACUUGCUGUCAAUUCGUUAUUUUUCCGAGGUUGGACAGUAUUUAACUUUGUUAUGGUUUAUGAAGAAUAUACAAAUUAUAUGAAAGCUUAUGUAAGAAAAUCUGGUAGCAAUUUUCGAAUGAAGAUAUGUAAAGAAUAUCUUGCCUUCAUUGAAUUUGAAUUUUUACAGUCAAGGAAACUUAUACAACAAAUUAAUGAAGGUAAAUUUCAACAAAAAUAUAAUAUGGUAAAAUCAUUACUUUUGCCUGAACAAAUUAUAGAAGCAGUCAUUAAAAAUCCACAUUGCUCUUCUGCAAUGAAAGAUUGGGCUACGCGAGGUCUUGUUGAUUAA